AUGGAGAAGAAGAAGUAUCCGAUUGGACCCGAGAAUUAUAUUCUUUAUGAAGAGAUCGGUCAAGGCGUCAGUGCUUCUGUUCAUCGUGCCCUGUGUGUUCCUUUUGAUGAAAUUGUCGCCAUCAAGAUUCUCGACUUUGAACGCGAUAACGCUGAUCUGGCUGCUUAUCCUGAUGGUUUUGAGGAGUUGGUGAUAGCAACAAUACUACGUGAGGUAUUGAAGGGAAUAGAGUAUCUUCAUCAUCAGGGCCACAUACAUCGCGAUGUUAAAGCUGGAAAUAUUCUCAUUGAUGGACGUGGCGCAGUCAAGUUAGGAGAUUUUGGUGUUUCUGCUUGCCUUUUUGAUUCAGGAGACAGGCAACGCAUGAGGAAUACAUUUGUUGGGACGCCUUGCUGGAUGGCACCUGAGGUCAUGGAGCAGUUACAUGGAUAUGACUUCAAGGCUGAUAUCUGGUCCUUCGGGAUAACUGCUUUGGAGCUUGCUCAUGGCCAUGCUCCUUUCUCAAAAUAUCCUCCAAUGAAGGUACUGCUUAUGACCUUGCAAAAUGCACCCCCAGGCCUGGAUUUAGAAAGGGAUAAGAAGUUCUCUAAGUCUUUUAAGCAGAUGAUUGCUAGUUGUUUGGUAAAAGAUCCUUUGAAACGACCUUCUGCAAAGAAGUUGUUAAAGCAUUCCUUUUUCAAGCAAGCCAGGUCGAAUGACUACAUAGUACGGACACUAUUGGAUGGAUUGCCUGAUCUCGGUGAUCGUAUUAAGGCUUUGAAGAGAAAGGAAGAAGACAUGCUUGCUCAAAAGAAGAUGCCCGAUGGGCAAAUGGAGGAAUUAUCACAGAAUGAAUACAAACGAGGAAUUAGCGGUUGGAACUUCAACCUUGAAGAUGUGAAGGCUCAGGCUUCCUUGAUACCAGAUGCUGAGGACCCUAUGACUGAUAAUAAUACGGGAGGAAGCUCGAAUUCUUUGUCUACAAUUGAUGGAGUUGAAAAGCAAUCAGACCCUCAGAAUUCAUCCCUGGGACCAGUCACAGAGAUGAUGGAUGAUAAUGAUGUUGUGCAAAACCGAGCUGCUGCCUCGCUCCCAUCAGUCGACUCCUCUCUAAACAUUACCAAAGUUAGAUGUGUAAAAUCCGAUGAUGACUCAAGCAUUGCUAGUCCAUGCAAUGAGCGACAUGCUUCACAAAAUUCUUCACCUCGUGAUAGUGUUGAAGAUAUCAACGGAAAACCUAGUGACAAGCUGCAAAAUCAACCACCAAAUAAUUCAAAUAUCAACGCAGCAACAAUCAAUCAAGAAGGAGAUGAUGCACCUUCUGAAAAUCCUUCCAAAGCAUUUAAGACCUUUGCUGUCUUAGAUUUUCUUCAUUCUUCUUGCAUUUUCUGCUCAUGUGGAAACAAUUCCCAGUUUUGCAUUGAUGGAUAUAUCAUACCUUUGGUCCCUUGUUCUUAUAAUGAGAUUUCACGUCCUCAUUUAAUCAAAGAGUUAUUUGCAGGGGCAAGCAGUGAGGAACUAGAUGAAAAAGCAAAGCCUCCAGUUGUUCAGCAAAGAGGACGAUUCAAAGUUACUUCAGAGAAUGUUGACAUAGAAAAGGUGACUGAAUUUCAGUCUUGA